CUUUGAGUGACAGACUGAGAUUGCUGACUCUGCAAGCAAUUUCAAUUAUCUAUAUGAUCCGAGAAACAAAGCCACCCGGCGAAGUUGUGUAGUUGAGCUGUAGAAGAGACGACAGUGAACUUCAAGAUGAUGUACAGAGCGUUGUUGUGUCUGGCCCUAUUCGUGGGCUCUGCAUCUGCCCAGGGAAGGGGGUUCAGCAACAACAAGAAUACAGAAUGCGGUUCCUUCCAAAUUAAACAGGCUGGCCGGCCCACCAACGAGUCUAUGACUGAUGUUGACACACGUCAAGUUCUGGAUGACCUCAAAGCUCUCGACACCGACAAAGAUGGCAGCCUCAGUUCCGCCGAAAUGGACGACCGGACAUUUGGAGCCACGUUCGACAGUUCCCUCACACAAAACGCUGGGGUUGACCGUUGCACCUACGUGAUGAUGGGGAAGAAGCGGUAUGACAUCGGCAGGGGCGUCUCAGGCCGCGUCUUCGACGUUGUCGACGUCAACAAAGACCUCAAGCUCAGCGCUGCGGACAAGGACGACGCUGCAUUCAAGCUGCUCGAUAAGGAUGGUAAUGGCAAAGUGUCUGUGUGUGAAGCUUUCGAGGGCUUCAUGGCCGUGUUGCAAGAUGCAGAAGAAAAGGCAUACAUGCAAGAGGUGAAGUAUACGGACAUCGUCUACAAGUACAGAAAACGCUCACCCAUAUAUUUCCCUGGGUCCGACUAAAGUACCAUGUUUGUCCUGGCAAGACAAGGGGCAACGAUCACCUGACUGCAAGGACGAUAACCGUAAUGCUUUGUCAAUAAAAUAGUGGAAAUACUGA